AUGCACUUUAAUCUAUGUCAAAUCGCGCGCUUGCACGCGUCGUGGUUGCCCCGGGUCACGAUUUACAAAGUGCUUCUGCAGCCACACAACCUAAAGAUCUUGCGGGACUCUUUGUGGCACUUGAACGACAAAUCAUCUGGCGGCCGAGUUGUCUGCAUGGCCCAACGAGGAGCUCUUCUUCGUCACAGCCGACCCCUCCUUUCGCCUGGCCACGUUGAGAGUGCCGCCGCCCAGACCAGCCGGGCGCAACUGACUGUUUUGAAUGCUAGCGCGUUUGCGGGCUACGCUAGAGAUAUCAUACAGCUCUUCGCUGACGCUCCAGAGCACAUUUCUCAUCAUGAACUUCUGGGAGAUUUAUACCAGAGGCAUCCCGAUGGUCGUGUGACUAUUGACGCCAACUGCUCGCUGUUUCACCGUUAUCGAUCUGCGUAA